AUCAACUAAACAAAAAUCAGUCAUCAUGGGUCGUAUGCAUUCAUCUGGUAAAGGUAUUUCCUCCUCCGCUCUUCCAUACUCAAGAAACGCUCCAUCUUGGUUCAAGUUAACCUCUGAUGAAAUUGUUGAACAAGUCAUCAAGUAUGCCAGAAAGGGUUUAACUCCAUCUCAAAUUGGUGUUAUCUUAAGAGAUGCUCACGGUGUUUCCCAAUCCAAGGUUGUCACUGGUAACAAGAUCUUGAGAAUCUUAAAGUCUAACGGUUUAGCUCCAGAAAUCCCAGAAGACUUGUACUACUUGAUCAAGAAGGCUGUCUCUGUCAGAAAGCACUUGGAAAGAAACAGAAAGGACAAGGACUCUAAGUUCAGAUUAAUUUUGAUUGAAUCUAGAAUCCACAGAUUAGCCAGAUACUACAGAACCGUCUCUGUCUUACCUCCAAACUGGAAGUACGAAUCUGCUACUGCUUCUGCUUUAGUUGCUUAAGUUAAUUAAGUAUAUAAUUUAUUUAAUAUUUGUAUUUAUAAAACUUUAAGCUUUUUU